GGAGUUAGAACGUAAACUCAGCCUCAGGUCCUGAAACUGGUGAUGCUGCGGGUCUGUAUCUGUCCAUAUACUAUUGGUAAAACCAGGUCCCAGGACCUUUGGUGCACAAUUCCACAUAUUGGCGUAAGACAGCAAGGACUAGACUACUGCUACCUGAGACAAGCGGGAUUAAACUAUUGUUCCUGUUACUGGAUUCUUCGGAGACAUCUCUACGACUUCUACAAUUACGAAAAGAUGCCUAAGCUGAAGAGAUUUCGUAUGCGACGCCAGUCGUUGAUCAAGAAUAGGAAGUCUGAUGUCUCUAAUUCCCCUGUUUGCGUGUGUCCAGAUGUGUCUGGCAUCGUAGCAGGCAAUGAGAUGUUCAUCAUGAGAGAGCAGGUGGAUGUGGUCUGCUGUAAAUCAGUAGGAACUGAUCUGUCCAUGCUGGAUAUUGAUGAUUUCAUCACAGAAAUCUCUCAGCUGAAGAAAGAGGUGACGUCACUGAAGACAAAACUGAUGGAGAGAGACGACAGGUUACAGGAGCUGGAAAAGGUUUCCUGUCAAUCUUCAGUGUGUGUGAUUGAUGGGACCUCCACAGAAUGUCAGGAUUCAGUGUGGAGCGGCAGAGAUCAGUCCACACCACAGCGACUGCUGGACAAACUCUCUGAACAGAGAUCCAGAGACACACAGGACUCACAGCUCACUUUACUCUGUUCUACUGACGGUAAUCAGGGUGAUCAAACCUCCACAGAGUCUCUGACUUCUGUCUGUAAUGCUGGAGAUCAGCAGAUGCUGCAGAUACCAGUGAAGAAUGAAGUGAAGCUGGAGGAGAUAAAAGAAGAAAACACAGCAGAGGAACAACAGAUAGAAGAUGAUGAUCAAACCUCCACAGAGUCUCUGACUUCUGUCUGUAAUGCUGGAGAACAGCAGAUGCUGCAGAUACCAGUGAAGAAUGAAGUGAAGCUGGAGGAGAUAAAAGAUGAUGACACAGCAGAGGAACAACAGAUAGAAGAUGAUGAUCAAACCUCCACAGAGUCUCUGACUUCUGUCUGUAAUGCUGGAGAACAGCAGAUGCUGCAGAUACCAGUGAAGAAUGAAGUGAAGCUGGAGGAGAUAAAAGAAGAAAACACAGCAGAGGAACAACAGAUAGAAGAUGAUGAUCAAACCUCCACAGAGUCUCUGACUUCUGUCUGUAAUGCUGGAGAACAGCAGAUGCUGCAGAUACCAGUGAAGAAUGAAGUGAAGCUGGAGGAGAUAAAAGAUGAUGACACAGCAGAGGAACAACAGAUAGAAGAUGAUGAUCAAACCUCCACAGAGUCUCUGACUUCUGUCUGUAAUGCUGGAGAACAGCAGAUGCUGCAGAUACCAGUGAAGAAUGAAGUGAAGCUGGAGGAGAUAAAAGAAGAAAACACAGCAGAGGAACAACAGAUAGAAGACAAUGAUCAAACCUCCACAGAGUGUCUGACUUCUGUCUGUAACGUUGGAGAACAGCAGAUACUGCAGACACAAGUGAAGAUGAAGACGUGUUCAGUGAAGCUGCUGGACUGCAGGAAUCUGAUGAAGAUGAGAGGAGACACCACAGCAGAGGAACAACAGAUAGAAGAUGAUGAUCAAACCUCCACAGAGUCUCUGACUUCUGUCUGUAACGCUGGAGAACAGCAGAUGCUGCAGAUACCAGUGAAGAAUGAAGUGAAGCUGGAGGAGAUAAAAGAAGAAAACAGAGCAGAAGAACAACAGAGAGAUGAUGUUUUUAUUUCUUCAGAGCUGAUGGAAGUGAAAGAGGAAAGUCAAGAACCGAUUGAAGUGGAGGAGAAAUCUCGUGAUUUCAAAAUUGGAGAAAAAUCUUUGAGUGACUCAAAGCCUAAAAUAAAAGCAGCCAAUAAAUCUUUAACCUGCUUUCAGUGUGGAAAGAGUUUAACAUGUAAUAAAGAUCUUAAUAUACACAUGAGAAUUCAUACUGGAGAAAAACCUUACAAGUGCUCACACUGUGGAAAGAGAUUCACUCAUUUGAGUUCCCUGAAAACACAUGAGAGAAUUCAUACUGGAGAAAAACCUUACAAGUGCUCACACUGUGAAAAGAGUUUCACUUAUUUGAUUUCCCUGAAAGCACAUGAGAGAAAUCAUACUGGAGAAAAACCUUACAAGUGCUCACACUGUGGAAAGAGUUUCACUCAGUCACAAUCCCUGAAAUCACAUGAGAGAAUUCAUACUGGAGAAAAACCUUACAAGUGCUCACACUGUGAAAAGAGUUUCACUCAGUCACAAUCCCUGAAAUCACAUGAGAGAAUUCAUACUGGAGAAAAACCUUACAAGUGCUCACACUGUGAAAAGAGUUUCAAUGAGUCAAGCAACCUGAAAUCACAUGAGAGAAUUCAUACUGGAGAAAAACCUUACAAGUGCUCACACUGUGAAAAGAGUUUCACUUUGUUAAAUCACCUGAAAUCACAUGAGAGAAUUCAUACUGGAGAAAAACCUUACAAGUGCUCACACUGUGAAAAGAGUUUCACUAUGUUAAAUCACCUGAAAUCACAUGAGAGAAUUCAUACUGGAGAAAAACCUUACAAGUGCUCACACUGUGAAAAGAGUUUCACUCAGUCACAACACCUGAAAAUACACGAGAGAAAUCAUACUGGAGAAAAACCUUACAAGUGCUCACACUGUGAAAAGAGUUUCAAUAAGUCAUUUAACCUGAAAACACAUGAGAGAAAUCAUACUGGAGAAAAACCUUACAAGUGCUCACACUGUGGAAAGAGUUUCACUCAAAGGUCGUAUCUUAAUAUACACAUGAGAAUUCAUACUGGAGAAAAACCUUACAAGUGCUCACACUGUGGAAAGAGUUUCACUCAGUCACAACACCUGAUAAUACAUGAGAGAAUUCAUACUGGAGAAAAACCUUACAAGUGCUCACACUGUGGAAAGAGUUUCACUCAGUCAUUCAACCUGAAAACACAUGAGAGAAUUCAUACUGGAAAAAAACCUUACAAGUGCUCACACUGUGGAAAGAGUUUCACUCAUUUUGUUUACCUGAAAAGACACGAGAGAAUUCAUACUGGAGAAAAACCUUACAAGUGCUCACACUGUGAAAAGACUUUCUCCUUCUCUGCACAUCUUAAUGUACACAUGAGAAUUCAUACUGGAGAGAAACCUUACACGUGCUCACACUGUGGAAAGAGUUUCACUCAGAUAAAAUACCUGACAAUACACAUGAGAAUUCAUAAUGGAGCGAAGCCUUACAAGUGCUCAUACUGUGGAAAGAGUUUUAUUCAGUCACACAAUCUGAAAGACCACAAGAGAAUCCAUACUGGAGAGAAACCUUACAAGUGCUUACACUGUGAAAAGAGAUUUAUUCAGUCACAACACCUAAAAACACAUGAGAGAAUCCAUACUGGAGAGAAACCAUACAAGUGCUCACUCUGUGGAAAGAGUUUUACUAAGUCAGAAAAUCUAAAAACACACGAGAGAAUUCAUACGGGAGAAAAACCUUUCAAGUGCUCACACUGUGGAAAGAGUUUCAAUUAUUUAAAUUCUCUGAAAACACACGAGAGAAUUCAUACAGGAGAAAAACCUUUCAACUGCUCACGCUGUGGAAAGAGUUUCACUCAGUUAAGUUCCCUGAAAACACACAUGAGAAUUCAUACUGGAAAGAAACCUUACAAGUGCUCACACUGUGGAAAGAGAUUCACUCAGUCACAACACCUGAUAAUACAUGAGAGAAUUCAUACUGGAGAAAAACCUUACAAGUGCUCACAUUGUGGAAAGAGUUUCACUCAGACACACAACCUGAAAAUACACGAGAGAAUUCAUACUGGAGAAAAACCUUACAAGUGUUCACACUGUGGAAAGAGUUUCACUCAGUUAAUUUCCAUGAAAAUACACAAGAAAAUCCAUACUGGAGAGAAACCUUACAAGUGUUCAGACUGUGAAAAGAGUUUCAGUCUGUCACAUUCCCUGAAAAUACACGAGAGAAUUCAUACUGGAGAAAAACCUUACAAGUGCUCACACUGUGGAAAGAGAUUCACUCAGUCACAACACCUGAAAAAACACAAGAUAAUUCAUACUGGAGAGAAACCUUACAAGUGCUCACACUGUGAAAAGAGUUUCAAUCAGUCAAGCAACCUGAAAUCACAUGAGAGAAUUCAUACUGGAGAAAAACCUUACAAGUGCUCACACUGAAAAGAGUUUCACUCAAUAGCCAAAGAACUGUGUGAGGGUAGAAUGGAACCCCAUGUAUGGAGGGCAUCAGAGGCAACAAAGCUGAUGGAUUUUGGAGAUCCUGAGCCAAGUCAUCUGCCUAAUUUGGCCACCCUGCACAAAGCAAAGCGAGAGAGAAAUGAUUUAGAAUUAGGCGACAAGGAUCCCAUUGUGUCCCUGCAGAUGUUAAAAUACAGUGCACCGCACAGUGGUAGCAUUAAAGACAUUGGACUGGACAAGUUUUUCUGUCAUUAUUGGAGUCAAACACAAAUGUAUAUUUACAAGUCUAUAUCAAAAACAUCUACUAACCCCACUGUGAGUUUUGAUGCAACUGGCUCAGUAGUGAGGAAACUACAGAGACCAAAUGGCAAGUCUGGCCAUAUAUUUUUAUAUCAGGGCGUUCUGGCAGGGGAUGAGAACUCAAGUGUCCCAGUGGUGAAAAUGCUGUCAGAGAGACACGAUGUUAAUGCAAUAGCACAUUGGCUGACAGAAUGGAUACGCGCAGGUGCACCAACUCCAAAAGAGGUUGUGAGUGACUUUUCGCUGGCUUUGCUCGGAGCUCUGGUCAAGGCUUUUACUCCUCAUCCUGAUCUAAAGACCUACAUCAAUGAGUGUUGUGCUGUCUUACUCAGUAAAAAAUCAGCAAAAGUGCCACCUUGUUUUGUUCGGGUUGAUGUUGCACACUGCAUCAAGAUGAUCUGCCAGUGGGACUGCUUGAAGAAAAAACCACAUCGCAUUAAAGAUUUCUUUGUGAGGUCAAUGGCACAGCUUCUCAUGUCACAUUCCAUGGAUGAUGCAAAAGAGCUACUACGCAGUAUUACUGUUGUGGCUCUCAGCGAAGCAGAGGGCAAUGACAGUUCUGGAGCCCCCCUCAUAUCAGAAAGGUGCAAGAAAUACCUGAAAGCCCGAAUUGCAGAAGAGUGUGUCAUCAUUCCAGAUGUAGAGGGUGAUGACCUGGAAGUGGAUCCAUGUGACCAAACACAGACAGACCUACGACAGUGGGUAACAGACAUAUGUGAGGAGAGCAGGUCACUUGCUGUAGCUCAUGGGGAUCAUGAUAAUAUGCACUUCCUCCCUGAGAUUAUUCCCAAUAUAAUCUGGCUUGCAAGUUACUUACCACUCUGGACAGGGGUAAUGACCCCUCACUUUCGAAGCACCAACAUCACCGCAAGUUCAGCCAAUGUUGAAGCAGAGUUCAAAAACAUAAAACAUGGACUUUUCAAGCAUGAAAACUUGCCUAUUCGGGUGGAUCGAUUCAUUGCUCGACAUCUGUCCAUUGAAGGCAACAUGCGAAUUUGUUCUGCAAAACAAAAAGGUGAGGAAAAAGAUGAAGACGAUGCAGCUGUUGCAACAGUGAUCAUCACAGGAGCCAAUCCACUACCCACCACAACUUGCAGUGUAGAUGGGAAACCAGAAAUGGAUGCUUCCUGUUCUGGGAAAUCUGACAAUGUCACAAACAUCCAUCCAACAGAUGAAGAUGCGGUUGAAAACUGGAGAGGCCUAGCAGUUCCACCCAAAAAGAGGAAGAGGAAUUCAUACCUCUCUCCUUGUCCUGAAUGGCUCCAUGCUGAUCCAUCUCAGAUACUGCAGACACAAGUGAAGAUGAAGACGUGUUCAGUGAAGCUGCUGGACUGCAGGAAUCUGAUGAAGAUGAGAGAAACCACAGCAGAGGAACAACAGAUAGAAGAUGAUGAUCAAACCUCCACAGAGUCUCUGACUUCUGUCUGUAACGCUGGAGAACAGCAGAUGCUGCAGAUACCAGUGAAGAAUGAAGUGAAGCUGGAGGAGAUAAAUGAAGAAAACAGAGCAGAAGAACAACAGAGAGAUGAUGUUUUUAUUUCUUCAGAGCUGAUGGAAGUGAAAGAGGAAAGUCAAGAACCGAUUGAAGUGGAGGAGAAAUCUCGUGAUUUCAAAAUUGGAGAAAAAUCUUUGAGUGACUCAAAGCCUAAAAUAAAAGCAGCCAAUAAAUCUUUAAUCUGCUCUCAGUGUGGAAAGAGUUUAACAUGUAAUAAAGAUCUUAAUAUACACAUGAGAAUUCAUACUGGAGAGAAACCUUACAAGUGCUCACACUGUGGAAAGAGUUUCACUCAUUUAAAUUCCCUGAAAAAACACGAGAGAAUUCAUACUGGAGAAAAACCUUACAAGUGCUCACACUGUGGAAAGAGUUUCACUCAGUCACAAGACCUGAAAAAACAUGAGAGAAUUCAUACUGGAGAAAAACCUUACAAGUGCUCACACUGUGAAAAGAGUUUCACUUAUUUGAGUGCCCUGAAUACACAUGAGAGAAUCCAUACUGGAGAAAAACCUUACAAGUGCUCACACUGUGAAAAGAGUUUCACUCAAUUGAGUUCCCUGAAUACACAUGAGAGAAUCCAUACUGGAGAAAAACCUUACAAGUGCUCACACUGUGGAAAGAGUUUCACUCAAUUGAGUUCCCUGAAUACACAUGAGAGAAAUCAUACUGGAGAAAAACCUUACAGGUGCUCACACUGUGGAAAGAGUUUCAGUCAGUUAACAUACCUAAAAAGUCAUAAGAGAAUUCAUGUGAUCUGCUGUAAAUCAGUAGGAACUGAUCUGUCCAUGCUAGAUAUUGAUGAUUUCAUCACAGAAAUCUCUCAGCUGAAGAAAGAGGUGACGUCACUGAAGACAAAACUGAUGGAGAGAGAUGACAGGUUACAGGAGCUGGAAAAGGUUUCCUGUCAAUCUUCAGUGUGUGUGACUGAUGGGACCUCCACAGAAUGUCAGGAUCCAGUGUGGAGCGGCAGAGAUCAGUCCACACCACAGCGACUGCUGGACAAACUCUCUGAACAGAGAUCCAGAGACACACAGGACUCACAGCUCACUUUACUCUGUUCUACUGACGGUAAUCAGGGUGAUCAAACCUCCACAGAGUCUCUGACUUCUGUCUGUAACACUGAAGAACAGCAGAUGCUGCAGAUACCAGUGAAGAAUGAAGUGAAGCUGGAGGAGAUAAAAGAAGAAAACACAGCAGAGGAACAACAGAUAGAAGAAGAUGAUGAUCAAACCCCCACAGAGUCUCUGACUUCUGUCUGUAACACUGAAGAACAGCAGAUGCUGCAGAUACCAGUGAAGAAUGAAGUGAAGCUGGAGGAGAUAAAAGAAGAAAACACAGCAGAGGAACAACAGAGAGAUGAUGAAGAUGAUGAUGAUCAAACCCCCACAGAGUCUCUGACUUCUGUCUGUAACAUUGGAGAACAGCAGAUGCUGCAGACACCAGUGAAGGUGAAGACGUGUUCAGUGAAGCUGCUGGACUGCAGGAAUCUGAUGAAGAUGAGAGAAACCACAGCAGAGGAACAACAGAGAGAUGAAGAUGGUUUUUUUUCUUCAGAGCUGAUGGAAGUGAAAGAGGAAAGUCAAGAACCGAUUGAAGUGGAGAAACCUCGUGAUUUCAAAAUUGGAGAAAAAUCUUUGAGUGACUCAAAGCCUAAAAUAAAAGCAGCCAAUAAAUCUUUAACCUGCUCUCAGUGUGGAAAGAGUUUAACAUGUAAUAAAGAUCUUAAUAUACACAUGAGAAUUCAUACUGGAGAGAAACCUUACAAGUGCUCACACUGUGGAAAGAGUUUCAAUCAAUCACAACACCUGAAAAUGCACGCGAGAAUUCAUACUGGAGAGAAACCUUACAAGUGCUUACACUGUGGAAAGAGUUUCACUCAGUUAAAUAACCUGAAACUACACGAGAGAAUUCAUACUGGAGAAAAACCUUACAAGCGCUCACACUGUGGAAAGAGUUUCAUUCAUUUAAAUUCCCUGAAACUACACGAGAGAAUUCAUACUAUAGAAAAUCCUUACAAGUGCUCACAUUGUGGAAAGAGAUUCACUCGGUUAAAUAACCUGAAAACACAUGAGAGAAUUCAUACUGGAGAAAAACCUUACAAGUGCUUACACUGUGAAAAGAGUUUCACUUAUUUGAGUUCUCUGAAAACACAUGAGAGAAAUCAUACUGGAGAAAAACCUUACAAGUGCUUACACUGUGAAAAGAGUUUCACUCAUUUGUGUUCCCUGAAAUCACAUGAGAGAAUUCAUACUGGAGAAAAACCUUACAAGUGCUCACACUGUGAAAAGAGUUUCACUUAUUUGAGUUCUCUGAAAACACAUGAGAGAAAUCAUACUGGAGAAAAACCUUACAAGUGCUUACACUGUGAAAAGAGUUUCACUCAUUUGUGUUCCCUGAAAUCACAUGAGAGAAUUCAUACUGGAGAAAAACCUUACAAGUGCUUACACUGUGAAAAGAGUUUCACUUAUUUGAGUUCUCUGAAAACACAUGAGAGAAUUCAUACUGGAGAAAAACAUAACAAGCGCUCACACUGUGGAAAGAGUUUCACUCGGUUAAAUUCCCUGAAACUACACGAGAGAAUUCAUACUGGAGAAAAACCUUACAAGUGCUCACACUGUGGAAAGAGUUUCACUUGGUUAAAUUCCCUGAAACUACACGAGAGAAUUCAUACUGGAGAAAAACCUUACAAGUGCUCACACUGUGGAAAGAGUUUCAAUAAGUCAUAUAACCUGAAAUCACAUGAGAGAAUCCAUACUGGAGAAAAACUUUACAAGUGCUCACACUGUGGAAAGAGUUUCACUCAGUCACAUUCCCUGAAAUCACAUGAGAGAAUUCAUACUGGAGAAAAACCUUACAAGUGCUCACACUGUGAAAAGAGUUUCACUGUGUUAAAUCACCUGAAAUCACAUGAGAGAAUUCAUACUGGAGAAAAACCUUACAAGUGCUCACACUGUGAAAAGAGUUUCAAUCAGUCAGUUCACCUGAAAACACAUGAGAGAAUUCAUACUGGAGAGAAACCUUACAAGUGCUCACACUGUGAAAAGAGUUUCACUCAGUUAAAUAACCUGAAACUACAUGAGAGAAUUCAUACUGGAGAAAAACCUUACAAGUGCUCACACUGUGGAAAGAGUUUCAAUCAGUCAGUCAACCUGAAAACACAUGAGAGAAUUCAUACUGGAGAGAAACCUUACAAGUGCUCUCAGUGUGGAAAGAGUUUAACAUGUAAUAAAGAUCUUAAUAUACACAUGAGAAUUCAUACUGGAGAGAAACCUUACAAGUGCUCACACUGUGGAAAGAGUUUCACUCAUUUAAAUUCCCUGAAAAUACAUGAGAGAAUUCACACUGGAGAAAAACCUUACAAGUGCUCACACUGUGGAAAGAGAUUCACUCAGUCACAAGAACUAAAAAAACAUGAGAGAAUUCAUACUGGAGAAAAACCUUACAAGUGCUCACACUGUGAAAAGAGUUUCACUCAGUCACAACACCUGAAAACACAUGAGAGAAAUCAUACUGGAGAAAAACUUUACAAGUGCUUACACUGUGAAAAGAGUUUCACUCAGUCACAACACCUGAAAACACAUGAGAGAAAUCAUACUGGAGAAAAACCUUACAAGUGCUCACACUGUGGAAAGAGUUUCACUGUGUUAUAUCACCUGAAAACACAUGAGAGAAUUCAUACUGGAGAAAAACCUUACAAGUGCUCACACUGUGAAACGAGUUUCACUCAGUCACAAGACCUAAAAAAACAUGAGAGAAUUCAUACUGGAGAAAAACCUUACAAGUGCUCACACUGUGAAACGAGUUUCACUCAGUCACAAGACCUAAAAACACAUGAGAGAAUUCAUACUGGAGAAAAACCUUACAAGUGCUCACACUGUGAAAAGAGUUUCACUCGGUUAAAUUCCCUGAAAAAACAUGAGAGAAUUCAUACUGGAGAAAAACCUUACAAGUGCUCACACUGUGGAAAGAGUUUCAAUCAGUCAGUCAACCUGAAAACACAUGAGAGAAAUCAUACUGGAGAAAAACCUUACAAGUGCUCACACUGUGGAAAGAGUUUCAAUCAGUCAGUUAACCUGAAUUCACAUGAGAGAAUUCAUACUGGAGAAAAACCUUACAAGUGCUCACACUGUGGAAAGAGUUUCACUCAGUCACAAUCCCUGAAAUCACAUGAGAGAAUUCAUACUGGAGAAAAACUUUACAAGUGCUCACACUGUGAAAAGAGUUUCAAUGAGUCAAGCAACCUGAAAUCACAUGAGAGAAUUCAUACUGGAGAAAAACCUUACAAGUGCUCACACUGUGAAAAGAGUUUCACUUUGUUAAAUCACCUGAAAUCACAUGAGAGAAUUCAUACUGGAGAAAAACCUUACAAGUGCUCACACUGUGAAAAGAGUUUCACUAUGUUAAAUCACCUGCAAUCACAUGAGAGAAUUCAUACUGGAGAAAAACCUUACAAGUGCUCACACUGUGAAAAGAGUUUCAAUCAGUCAGUCAACCUGAAAAGACACGAGAGAAAUCAUACUGGAGAAAAACCUUACAAGUGCUCACACUGUGAAAAGAGUUUCACUCAUUUGAAUUCCCUGAAAACACAUGAGAGAAUUCAUACUGGAGAAAAACCUUACAAGUGCUCACACUGUGAAAAGAGUUUCACUCAGUCACAACACCUGAAAAGACACGAGAGAAAUCAUACUGGAGAAAAACCUUACAAGUGCUCACACUGUGAAAAGAGUUUCAAUCAGUCAGUCAACCUGAAAACACAUGAGAGAAUUCACACUGGAGAAAAACCUUACAAGUGCUCACACUGUGAAAAGAGUUUCACUAAGUUAAAAUACCUAAAAAGUCAUAAGAGAAUUCAUGCAGGAUAAAUUCAUACUGGAGAAAAACCUUACAAGUGCUCACACUGUGGAAAGAGUUUCACUCAUUUGAGUUCCCUGAAAACACAUGAGAGAAUUCAUACUGGAGAAAAACCUUACAAGUGCUCACACUGUGAAAAGAGUUUCACUUAUCUGAUUUCCCUGAAAGCACAUGAGAGAAAUCAUACUGGAGAAAAACCUUACAAGUGCUCACACUGUGGAAAGAGUUUCAAUCAGUCAGUUAACCUGAAAUCACAUGAGAGAAUUCAUACUGGAGAAAAACCUUACAAGUGCUCACACUGUGGAAAGAGUUUCAAUGAGUCAAGCAACCUGAAAUCACAUGAGAGAGUUCAUACUGGAGAAAAACCUUACAAGUGCUCACACUGUGAAAAGAGUUUCACUCAGUCACAACACCUGAAAAUACACGAGAGAAAUCAUACUGGAGAAAAACCUUACAAGUGCUCACACUGUGAAAAGAGUUUCACUCAGUUAAAUAACCUGAAACUACAUGAGAGAAUUCAUUCUGGAGAGAAACCUUACAACUGCUCUCAGUGUGGAAAGAGUUUAACAUGUAAUAAAGAUCUUAAUAUACACAUGAGAAUUCAUACUGGACAAAAACCUUACAAGUGCUCACACUGUGGAAAGAGUUUCACUCAGUUAAAUUACCUGAAAAAACACGAGAGAAUUCAUACUGGAGAAAAACCUUUCAAGUGCUCACACUGUGGAAAGAGAUUCACUCAGUCAUAUAACCUGAAAAAACACGAGAGAAUUCAUACUGGAGAAAAACCUUACAAUUGCUCACACUGUGGAAAGAGUUUCACUCAUUUUGAUUACCUGAAAAAACACGAGAGAAUUCAUACUGGAGAAAAACCUUACAAGUGCUCACACUGUGGAAAGAGUUUCACUCAUUUUGAUUACCUGAAAAAACACGAGAGAAUUCAUACUGGAGAAAAACCUUACAAGUGCUCACACUGUGGAAAGAGUUUCACUCAGUCACAAGACCUGAAAAAACACGAGAGAAUUCAUACUGGAGAAAAACCUUACAAGUGCUCACACUGUGGAAAGAGUUUCACUUAUUUGAGUUCCCUGAAUACACAUGAGAGAAUUCAUACUGGAGAAAAACCUUACAAGUGCUCACACUGUGAAAAGAGUUUCACUCAUUUGAGUUCCCUGAAUACACAUGAGAGAAUCCAUACUGGAGAAAAACCUUACAAGUGCUCACACUGUGAAAAGAGUUUCACUCAAUUGAGUUCCCUGAAUACACAUGAGAGAAUUCAUACUGGAGAAAAAGCUUACAGGUGUUCACACUGUGGAAAGAGUUUCAGUCAGUUAACAUACCUAAAAAGUCAUAAGAGAAUUCAUGCAGGAUAGUCUUCCAAUGAAUAUUUAACCUGCUCUCAGUGUGGAAAGAGUUUAACAUGUAAUAAAGAUCUUAAUAUACACAUGAGAAUUCAUACUGGAGAAAAACCUUACAAGCGCUCACACUGUGGACAGAGUUUCAGUCAGUCACGACACCUGAUAAUACAUGAGAGAAUUCAUACUGGAGAAAAACCUUACAAGUGCUCACACUGUGGAAAGAGUUUCAAUCAGUUAGUCAACCUGAAAUCACAUGAGAGAAUUCAUACUGGAGAAAAACCUUUCAAGUGCUCACACUGUGGAAAGAGUUUCACUCAUUCAUUCAACCUGAAAAAACAUGAGAGAAUUCACACUGGAGAAAAACCUUUCAAGUGCUCACACUGUGGAAAGAGUUUCACUCAGUCAUUCAACCUGAAAACACAUGAGAGAAUUCAUACUGGAGAAAAACCUUACAAGUGCUCACACUGUGGAAAGAGUUUCACUCAGUCACAAGACCUGAAAAAACACGAGCGAAUUCAUACUGGAGAAAAACCUUACAAGUGCUCACACUGUGAAACGAGUUUCACUCAGUCACAAGACCUAAAAACACAUGAGAGAAUUCAUACUGGAGAAAAACCUUACAAGUGCUCACACUGUGAAAAGAGUUUCACUCAUUUAACUUCCCUGAAAACACAUGAGAGAAUUCAUACUGGAGAAAAACCUUACAAGUGCUGACACUGUGGAAAGAGUUUCAGUCAGUCAGUUAACCUGAAAUCACAUGAGAUAAUUCAUACUGGAGAAAAACCUUACAAGUGCUCACACUGUGAAAAGAGUUUCACUGAGUCUCGAAGCCUGAAAACACAUGAGAGAAUUCAUACUGGAGAGAAACCUUACAAGUGCUCUCAGUGUGGAAAGAGUUUAACAUGUAAUAAAGAUCUUAAUAUACACAUGAGAAUUCAUACUGGAGAGAAACCUUACAAAUGCUCACACUGUGGAAAGAGAUUCAAUCAGUCAGUCAACCUGAAAGCACAUGAGAGAAUUCAUACUGGAGAAAAACCUUACAAGUGCUCACACUGUGGAAAGAGUUUCACUCAUUUGAGUUCUCUGAAAACACAUGAGAGAAUUCAUACUGGAGAAAAACCUUACAAGUGCUCACACUGUGGAAAGAGUUUCACUUAUUUGAUUUCCCUGAAAGCACAUGAGAGAAAUCAUACUGGAGAAAAACCUUACAAGUGCUCAUACUGUGAAAAGAGUUUCACUUAUUUGAGUUCCCUGAAUACACAUGAGAGAAAUCAUACUGGAGAAAAACCUUACAAGUGCUCACACUGUGAAAAGAGUUUCACUUAUUUGAGUUCCCUGAAUACACAUGAGAGAAAUCAUACUGGAGAAAAACCUUACAAGUGCUCACACUGUGAAAAGAGUUUCACUCAUUUAAAUUUCCUGAAAAUACAUGAGAGAAUUCAUACUGGAGAAAAACCUUACAAGUGCUCACACUGUGGAAAGAGUUUCACUCAGUCAUAUCACCUGAAAAUACAUGAGAGAAUUCAUACUGGAGAAAAACCUUACAAGUGCUCACACUGUGGAAAGAGUUUCACUCGUUUAAAUUUCCUGAAAAUACAUGAGAGAAUUCAUACUGGAGAAAAACCUUACAAGUGCUCACACUGUGGAAAGAGUUUCAAUCAGUCAGUCAACCUGAAAACACAUGAGAGAAAUCAUACUGGAGAAAAACCUUUCAAGUGCUCACACUGUGAAAAGAGUUUCACUCAGUUAAAUUCCCUGAAAAAUCUUAAUAUACACAUGAGAAUUCAUACUGGACAAAAACCUUACAAGUGCUCACACUGUGGAAAGAGUUUCACUCAUUUUGAUUACCUGAAAAAACACGAGAGAAUUCAUACUGGAGAAAAACCUUUCAAGUGCUCACACUGUGGAAAGAGAUUCACUCAUUCAUAUAACCUGAAAAAACACGAGAGAAUUCAUACUGGAGAAAAACCUUACAAGUGCUCACACUGUGGAAAGAGUUUCACUCAUUUUGAUUACCUGAAAAAACACAGGAGAAUUCAUACUGGAGAAAAACCUUACAAGUGCUCACACUGUGGAAAGAGUUUCACUCAUUUUGAUUACCUGAAAAAACACGAGAGAAUUCAUACUGGAGAAAAACCUUACAAGCGCUCACACUGUGGAAAGAGUUUCACUCAGUCACAAGACCUGAAAAAACACGAGAGAAUUCAUACUGGAGAAAAACCUUACAAGUGCUCACACUGUGAAAAGAGUUUCACUUAUUUGAGUUCCCUGAAUACACAUGAGAGAAUUCAUACUGGAGAAAAACCUUACAAGUGCUCACACUGUGAAAAGAGUUUCACUCAAUUGAGUUCCCUGAAUACACAUGAGAGAAUCCAUACUGGAGAAAAACCUUACAAGUGCUCACACUGUGAAAAGAGUUUCACUCAGUUAAAUUCCCUGAAAAAUCUUAAUAUACACAUGAGAAUUCAUACUGGAGAAAAACCUUACAAGUGCUCACACUGUGGAAAGAGUUUCAAUCAGUCAGUCAACCUGAAAUCACAUGAGAGAAUUCACACUGGAGAAAAACCUUACAAGUGCUCACACUGUGGAAAGAGUUUCAGUCAGUCAGUUAACCUGAAAUCACAUGAGAUAAUUCAUACUGGAGAAAAACCUUACAAGUGCUCACACUGUAAAAAGAGUUUCACUGUGUUAAAUCACCUGAAAUCACAUGAGAGAAUUCAUACUGGAGAAAAACCUUACAAGUGCUCACACUGUGAAAAGAGUUUCACUCACAAGGUAAAUCUUAAUAUACACAUGAGAAUUCAUACUGGAGAAAAACCGUACAAGUGCUCACACUGUAGAAAGAGUUUCACUUAUUUGAGUUCCCUGAAUACACAUGAGAGAAUUCAUACUGGAGAAAAACCUUACAAGUGUUCACACUGUGGAAAGAGUUUCACUCAGUCACAACACCUGAAAAAACACAAGAGAAUCCAUACUGGAGAGAAACCUUUCAAGUGCUCACACUGUGGAAAGAGUUUCACUCAGUUAAAUUCCUUGAAAACACAUGAGAGAAAUCAUACUGGAGAAAAACCUUACAAGUGCUCACACUGUGGAAAGAGUUUCACUCAGUCACAGCACCUGAAAAAACACAAGAGAAUCCAUACUGGAGAGAAACCUUACAAGUGCUCACACUGUGAAAAGAGUUUCACUCAGUUAAAUUCCAUGAAUAUACACAAGAGAACUCAUACUGGAGAAAAACCUUACAAGUGUUCACACUGUGGAAAGAGUUUCAGUCUGUCACAUUCCCUGAAAACACACGAGAGAACUCAUACUGGAGAGAAACCUUACAAGUGCUCACACUGUGAAAAGAGUUUCACUCAGUCACAUUCCCUGAAAUCACAUGAGAGAAUCCAUACUGGAGAAAAACCUUACAAGUGCUCACACUGUGAAAAGAGUUUCACUCAGUCACAUUCCCUGAAAAAACACGAGAGAAUCCAUACUGGAGAAAAACCUUACAAGUGUUCACACUGUGAAAAGAGUUUCGCUCAGUUAAAAGACCUAAAAAGUCAUAAGAGAAUUCAUGCAGGAUAGUCUUGUCUAAUUAUUGUGAUGAUGACUCUCCACCAGAAGAUGGCAGCACCUGCAAUCAUUAGACUACAUGCCCGUAUUGGUGGUGUGAUGUUGUACAACUUGCAUCUUGAGAACAUUUUAUGUAUGUACUGUAUUGUUGUUCUUGUGUUCCAGAUGAUCAGGUGCUGAUGUGAGCAGAACCCAACUAAAUGUGAAUCUUUGCAAAAGCAAUGUGCUGAAGUUGUUGUUUGUUUCCAUUUGUGGCAUAAAGUUGAUUACAUAAAAAAACAACACACAACCACCCUACAAUGUUAAAAGUCCACCCACUCCUCGUUCUUAUAUUUCUAUAAAUCAAAAUGUGUGUCAAAAUGACCGCUUUUCAUUUCUGCUCUAAAGUGACAUCACUUUAGGGCAGGCCCCACCCACGACUGGUGACGGACUCCACCCUAUUGUCAUAGAUCCACCCGUGAGUGAUCUACACACAGUCUGCCAUUUUUUUUUUCCACGCUGGAGCAGAUACAGUGAGAAAAAUAAUGUCUCGGCUUCGUAAGCAUCAUAAGUGUUCUGUUGUUGCUGUAAAGGUGAACAUAAGAGUCUUCAUGUACUCCCGGCAUCAGAGCCACUGAAGAAGCGGUGGACAAGUUUUGUUUUUGAAGGAAAUGUGCCACAAAACAUACAAAAAUGUGUGUAUGUAUGUGCAAAUCAUUUUACACCCGACUGCUUUGUGAAUGAGUGUCAAUAUAAAGCAGGAUUUUCAAAAAUGUGAUUCUCAAGCAUGAUCAGAAACAACUGUUCGUGUUCCAGCUUUAUAUCCUGAAGAUGUAUCACACGUUAUAUUUUGUGAAUGUUUUCAAAUUGCCUUUCUGAAUGUGCUUGUAAGAUGAUUCCACAGCUAAUGCAGCAAAAGUUAGCAUUGUCUCUGAUUGUAUUCACCAGAGCUAUGACGGGGGCGGAGAGUAGCAGCUCAUUUGCAUUUAAAGAGACACACAUGAAAACAGCGCGUUUUUGAUUCCAUCCAAAAAGAGGCAUUUACAACAUGGUAUAAUAAAUGAUCCGUGGGGUAUUUUGAGCUGAAACUUCAGACACAUUCUGGGGACACCUGAGACUUGUAUGACACCCUGUAAAAAGGGGCAUAAUUGGUCUCCUUUAAAUCAUUGUUUUACAGUCUGUGGCAGGGUAGUCGACCUUUAUCCCUCUUGGAGGCUUGAUUAGCCUGAUAAGGGACUAAUGAGGGACUUGAACCUGAUUGAACAUCUCUGGAGAGAUCUGAAAAUGGCUGUGCACCGACGCUCCCCAUCCAACCUGAUGGAGCUUGAGAGGUCCUGCUAAGAAGAAUGGGAGAAACUGGCCAAAAAUAGAGCUGAUGGAAGUGAAAGAGGAAAGUCAAGAACCGAUUGAAGUGGAGGAGAAACCUCGUGAUUUCAAAACUGGAGAAAAAUCUUUGAGUGACUCAAAAAAGCCUAAAAUAAAAGCAGCCAAUAAAUCUUUAAC